GUCUGCAGUCUCCCAGCUCCUCAGCCAUGUUGCGUCUAACGGUUCUCAGCCUCCUGGCCUGCGCUGUUUCUCUCAGCAGCUCUGCGGUUAUUCUAGAUAAUGGCAUGCCCAUCUCAUGGGCACAAACAGCCAGCCAACUGACCGAAUUGCCGAUACAGAAUGAAGUCGUGAUGCCAAAUCCCUGGAACUUUCUUCACCGCAUGAGUCUUUACAGAUUGUUGAUCGCUGCUACAGACCCAUUAAUUUUAUACAUGGGAACAGGUGCUAAUGAAAGUCCAUUUUGGGGACUGCCGCUGCAGCUUGCUUGGAUGCGGACCUCAGGGCGUCUGGCUGACCCCACUGGUACUACAACAUGUGGUAUGGAGACAGGAGAUAUGUGUAUAUCUACUGAGAGUUGGUGGGGCUGUGAGAACUACUUUGUUUCUGCCCUGCCCUUCCUUUCGGCUGCGCACAACAGAUUCCUGGGAGAAGGAGUGAAGGUCCAGAUGCAGGUGCCUGAGGGUGUUACAGACUAUUGCACCACACAUGCCGACUGUUCAACUCGCUACCCUGAUGCCAUGACUAAGUGGGAUGCCUUUUUCCAGGGUCUCAUCACAACGGGUGCUUCUGCUCUAGCUGAUAAUGAGAAGAAAGACGCUAUCCUUCAUCUCUACUGGGAGGCCCAAUUAGCUUCAACUUAUCUAUCUGCUGCAUGCGAAGCCAAGGCGAGCCACUACUCUGCACCAGAGAUGGCAUUUGCAAAAAGCUGGCUGAACUCAGGGGAGUUCGUUGCUGCUGCACAUUUCCAAUCCAAUAUGGAAAAGGCUUCAAAGUUUAUUACCCCUCUACCAGGUCGAAUCUUAAAGGAGGGUGAUGUUGCCCCUAACAUUGAAGGUCUGAGUGAGGCGGAGAACAACGUACUGAAUACAUUCUCCUGGAUGGAUACCCUCGACAAAGCAGUUGAUGGGUCAUUGGUGUCUUAUUGGAAAAGAGCUAUGUGCUCUUUGAGGACAAGAGAGCAAGGCAGUCGGCUGUUGGAGGAGCUCCUGUCAACCAAAGCCUACUCCUCCAUCACUUUCAUGGGCGUCCUCACUACAAUGGCUACUGGCUGUUGAGCAAGACAAACAAAUAAACAGAAACUUUAAGUAUAGAAUAAACAAAGCUGAAUGAGAAAUGCAAACAAUACUAAGAUAUGAAAAUCAUAAUUCUGUAUUUUAAAAUUGUCUUCUUCUAAUUGCAAGUUUUUUAAAACUGCACUUUUAUUUUAAUAAAAGAUUUUUAAACUUCA